AUGGCGCUCUCGAAUACUAUCUUCUCUGCUACUCAUCCUCGUCCUUCUCCCGCGAUCAGCCGUCAAACUCGUUUUCCCGCUCAAAUUUCACCUCCAGAUCUAUCGCUUGCUUUCUUCGGUGAUCGCCGCAAGUUCGCCGAAGGUGUAAUGCCUUUAUUGACGAUGAGUAUAAGAAACCGUGUAUAUGCUUCGAUUAACAGCACUGAUGCCUCCACUCCUUCUUAUCCGAAAUCGGAAGAUGAUGAGGACUUUGUUCCAAUGCCAAUGGUUUUGAUAGACCAGGAUGCUGACCCUGAAGCCACUAUUGUACAGCUCAGUUUUGGAGAUCGUCUUGGGGCUCUCAUUGACACCAUGAGGGCACUGAAAGAUUUGGGAUUGGAUGUAAUAAAAGGAACUGUCACAACUAAAGGAUCCGUUAAACAGACAAGGUUUUCGAUAACAAAACAAGACAGUGGUCGGAAAGUGGAAGAUCCUGACUUGUUGGAACAAAUUCGGUUAACAAUCAUCAACAAUCUCUUAAAAUAUCAUCCGGAAUGUAGCGAACAACUUGCAAUGGGUGAGACAUUUGGAAUAAAGGGUCCAGAAAAGAAGGUUGAUGUUGAUAUCGCGACUCACAUACAUGUGAAGGAAGACGGACCAAAGAGGAGCCUGCUUUGCAUAGAGACAGCGGACAGGCCAGGUCUGGUUGUAGAGAUGAUAAAAGUGAUGGCUGAUAUCAACAUAGACGUGGAAUCCGCAGAGAUAGACACAGAAGGACUGGUUGCGAAAGACAAGUUUCAUGUAAGCUACCAAGGGCAAGCACUAAACAGUUCUUUGUCAAAGGAGCUGGUGAACUGUCUGCGUUACUUCCUAAGAAGGCCUGAAACGGAUGUCGACAGCUAUUAA